AUGUCACACUUAGAUUUGAACCCGGAAGACUGUCAGACAAAUGAGCGAAGUCCACUCGAGUUGGGAAUUGAUGUCUUUAUUACUCUGGGGUUGUUAGUUAGCUAUUUACCACAGCACUACAAAAUCAUCAAGUUUAAGAGCAGUGAAGGCAUUAACCCCAUAUUCUUGCUGUUGGGUACUUUAUCGGCAACUUCAAGUUUAUUCAAUGUCAUAAUCUUGGAGUUUAAACCCAUUCAAUGUUGCUCUUUUGUGAGUGCUGUUGAAUGCGCCAAGAACACAAUCUCGGUUAUUCAGUUAGGAAUUCAGUGGACUAUGUUUGUCCUAAUCUUGGUUCUGUUUCUUAUCUAUUUUCCAGCACAUCGUAAACUCGCUCCAUACAAUCCUCAGAUUCACUACGGUCGCCCACCUAUUGCUCGUUCACGCGAGUGGAAGGUGUCUAUUACCGUACUAUAUUCUGUCAUAGUCCAUUUUUUAUUGGUCCUGUCGGUCACCGUUUAUCUUUUGGUUCUGGUUGGUGAUUCUAGUCAAAGGGAGACUUAUUUGUGGGCCGGAUUCUUGGGCGUUAUUUCGAUGAUGAUGGCAUCGGUGCAAUAUUUACCCCAGAUUCAUACUACUUGGAAGAUGAAGGCUGUUGGAGCCUUGAGUAUUCCAAUGAUGCUUAUGCAGACUCCUGGCGCGUUCCUUUUUGCAUAUUCCCUUGCAUCGAAAGAAGAUAAUAAUUGGACCACAUGGAUCGUCUUCUUUGUAACUGGCUGUCUGCAAGGCAUUCUCCUUAUCAUGGCUAUAUGUUGGCACUUCCGUGCCAAAAAUAUGGGAUAUGGUCCCUUCGACGUUACUGACGCUGAGGUUUUAUAUGAUAGUGAUGGACGACCUAUGAGGCCAGGUAGACGUUCGUCUGCCGGUGAGCGAUCGCCCUUGAGGCCAGAUAAUCAACCCAAUUAUGCGGCAGUUAUUAAUGAAGAAGAUUAA